AUGGGGGGCUCAGACGCGCAGCUGGGCACCUGGCCGUGGCAGGUGAGCCUGCAUCAGAGGGGGGGCCACAUCUGCGGGGGCUCCCUCAUCGCCCCCUCCUGGGUCCUCUCGGCUGCUCACUCGUGGUGGUGCCGCCAGCAGACCUGUCCCACCGCUCUCCAGACAUCCGAGUCUGAAUUUCAUCUUUCCAAUGCCCCUAAUCAACCACCUCCAAAUCAGAUUCGCUCCUCCCCUUUUAAGAGUGUAUCUCAACCUCGAUCGCCCCAGCACCAAAUCUGGGUCCGACUCCGCCCCUCCUGGGUUCCUGCUGACCCCACCUUCUCCCCGGCUCUGAGCCCCCACCCUCCAGAGGGUCAAGCUAAUCCCCUCCCGCCUCGCCCUCGGCGCAGGAACGGGACCUUGGAGCCCGCGGCCGAUUGGUCAGUACUGCUGGGCGUGCACUCCCAGGACGGGCCCCUGGACGGCGGGCAGGUCCGCGCAGUGGCCGCCAUCCUGGUGCCGGACAACUACAGCAGCGUGGAACUGGGCUCCGACUUGGCCCUGCUGCGCCUGGCCUCGCCCGCCAGCCUGGGCCCCGCCGUGCGGCCCGUCUGCCUGCCCCGCGCCUCGCACCGCUUCGCUCAUGGCACAGCCUGCUGGGCCACGGGCUGGGGCGACGUGCAGGAGGCGGACCCCCUGCCUCUCCCCUGGGUGCUACAAGAAGUAGAGCUCAGGCUGCUGGGAGAGACUGCCUGUCAGUGUCUCUACAGCCGGCCCGGGCCCUUCAACCUCACUUUCCAGCUAUUGCCAGGGAUGCUGUGUGCUGGCUACCGGGAGGGCCGCAAGGACACCUGCCAGGGAGACUCUGGGGGACCCCUGGUCUGUGAGGAAGGUGGCCGAUGGUUCCAGGCAGGAAUCACCAGCUUUGGCUUUGGCUGUGGGCGGAGGAACCGGCCUGGAGUCUUCACUGCUGUGGCUCCCUAUGAGGCAUGGAUACAGGAACAGGUGAUAGGGUCAGAGCCGGGGCCUGCCUUUCCCCCCCAGUCCCGGGAGCCCCAGUCAGGACCUUUGGAGGCCACGGAUGAGAACUGCACCAUCGCCCUGCCAGAGUGUGGGAAGGCCCCGCGGCCAGGGUCCUGGCCCUGGGAAGCCCAGGUGAUGGUGCCAGGAUCCAAACCCUGCCAUGGGGCGCUGGUGUCUGAAAGCUGGGUCUUGGCACCUGCCAGCUGCUUCCUGGACCUCAUCAACUCAGACCGCCAGCCCCGCGACCUGGACAACUGGCGCGUGCUGCUGCCCUCGCGCCCACGCGCGGAGCAGGUGGCGCACCUCGUGCCGCAUGAGAACGCCUCGUGGGACGACGCCUCGGACCUGGCGCUGCUGCAGCUGCGCGCGCCCGUGAAUCUGAGCGCAGCCCCGCGGCCAGUAUGCUUACCGCACCCAGAACACUAUUUCCUGCCCGGGAGCCGCUGCCGCCUGGGUCGCUGGGGCCGCGGGGAGCCCGCGUCUGGCCCCAGCACGCUGCUUGAGGCGGAGCUGCUGGGCGGCUGGUGGUGUCACUGCCUGUACGGCCGCCAGGGGGCGUCAGUGCCGCUACCGGGAGACCCGCCCCACGCGCUCUGCCCCGCCUACCAGGAGGAGGAGGAGGAGGCGGGCCGCUGCUGGAACGACUCGAGUUGGAGCCUUCUGUGCCGGGAGGAGGGGACCUGGUUCCUGGCUGGAAUCAGAGACUUCUCCAGUGGCUGCCUACGUCCCAGAGCCUUCUUCCCCCUGCAAACCCAUGGCCCGUGGAUCAGCCAUGUGACUCGGGGAGCCUACCUAGAGGACCAGCUGGCCUGGGACUGGGGCCCUGAGGGGGAGGAGACUGAGAUACAGACUUGUCCCCCACACACAGAGCAUGGUGCCUGUGGCCUGCGGCCAGAGCCCGCUCUGAUGGGGGUCCUGUGGCCCUGGCUGGCAGAGGUGCAUGUGGCUGGAGAUCGAGUCUGCACUGGGAUCCUCGUGGCCCCAGGCUGGGUCCUGGCAGCCACUCACUGUGUCCUCAGGCUGGGCUCUACAACAGUGCCUUAUAUUGAAGUGUACCUGGGCCGGGCAGGGGCCAGCCCCCUCCCACAGGGCCACCAGGUAUCCCGUUUGGUCAUCAGCAUCCGCCUGCCCCGGCACCUGGGACUUCGGCCCCCCCUGGCCCUUCUGGAGCUGAGCUCCCGGGUGAAGCCCUCCCCAUCAGCCUUGCCCAUCUGCCUUCACCCAGGAGGUAUCCCCCUGGGGGCCAGCUGCUGGGUGCUGGGCUGGAAGGACCCCCAAGACCGAGUCCCUGUGGCUGCUGCUGUCUCCAUCUUGACACCACGACUCUGUCACUGCCUCUAUCAGGGCAUUCUGCCCCCUGGGACUCUCUGUGUCCUGUAUGCAGAGGGGCAGGAGGACAGGUGUGAGGUGACCUCAGCACCUCCGCUCCUGUGCCAGACUGAGGGGGGCUCCUGGGUCCUUGUGGGCUUGGCUGUUCGCGGGAGCAGGGAGCUGUUCGCUGCCAUUGGCCCUGAAGAAGUCUGGAUCUCUCAGACAGUGGGGGAGGCCCAUUUCCUGCCCCCCAGUGGCUCCUAUUGGCCCCCUGAAGGCAGCGAUCUCUGCCCCCCAGACAUGGCCAGGGCCUCAGGAUCCCCUCAGGCUGCUCUGUUCCUGCUGCUACUGAUGCCCCUGAUCCAGGGCUGAGGGGGCCUGGGUCCCUGGGCUACCUCUCCUUGUCCCCCGCCAGCCCCCUCCAGCCUUCCACUUCCCGCCCAGUGGGGCUGGAAUGUGACCCAACCGGCUCUGUUCCUUUGUCAAAAUCUCCACAACGCCCCACCCACCUAGAGUGCAGCGGCUUCAGAUCAUUGGGCCUCAGUGCCCCGCCAUUUCAGGCCCUGGAAUCCUUGGGGGCAGUGGAGCAGACAAUAAAGGUGUAACCACAGACACGUGGCCUGGUGACAUUGCUGGGGGCAGCCUGAGGGGCUGGGGGAAGCCCCAGGGAUAGGGACGCUCCCUCCUGGGUCUCUGUGAGUCAAGCCUUGGGCUCCCAGGAAAUGUGUCCCUGAUAACGUGGCAGCUGUCCCUCAUUCUUGCCCCAGGGUGUUGGAGGUUGGGUGGCCAGCUGAGUGUGUGUCACCUCUCCAAUGGAAUCAGCAUCCCCAGCACCUGCUGGACACCUCAGCCCUAGCUCAGACCCUGCUGCCCCUCCCCCCAGAACAAGAAAGACUGAGAGUGAGGGUCAGAGGAAGGGUCCAGCACUCUGAGAUUCCAGGGUCUGUCUACCAUAUCUUAUAUCCACAGGGAGCCGCCCCCCAUAACACACCCUGAUGAAUGAUGCCCCAAAGUGUACACCUCCAGUGUCCCCAGUACACACACAUGACACUUGAACCCUUCAAGGGUCCACCACUUUCAGGCCCUGCCCAGAGCCCCCAGGUUUGGGCCCCAUCAUGCUUGUGUGUGUGUACAUCCCACUCCCUCCCCUCCCCCAACCAGUGCUGCUCCCUGCAUUAACUCGAGCACAUUUCUUGCUGACUACUAAGUCAGGGCACAGCUGAGGUUUGAUAGAUAAGCCCACGAAGUGCUCCCAGUGUAGUGGGGGACACACAUGGACACCCUUGGCUGAGGGUCAGGAAAGGGUCAUAGAGGAGGUGAUGUUUGAGCACAGAAAAAGGGCAAAUGAGGAAAGGGGGGUGCUUGGGGUGGAAGCCAGCUGAUGAGGGUGCAGAGGGGUCACCCC